UUGUCUGUGUUGGGCUGAACUUUAACUUGCGAUAACUCUUUCAAUUGCAAAUUUAUAUAUCUAAGAGAAGGGAAUUGUUAGUGACAAGUAAGAGUAAUUUUAAGAAAGGGUAAAUUGUCAUAAUGGCUAAUCAACCAGACAAAAUAAUGGAAUGUCCGAUAUGUUUAGACCCCAUGCGUGCUCCGAUUAUACAGUGUGAGAGGGGACAUAAUAUGUGUGGUGACUGCGUUUCGGACAACAAAGUACAAAAAUGUCCGACAUGCAGAGGCAAACUCACAAAGGUCCGUAGCUAUCAACUCGAACAACUGAUUGAAAGUGUGCAAAAACAUAUGAAGAUGGGUUGUUGCAACGGGUCGAGAGGCUGCAAGUUCAUUUUGAGUGCAGAAGACAAAUCAGCUCACGAGCUGGAAUGCAAAUACAGAAUAUUCAAAUGCGAAGCAAGCAGGUUUGCCAAAUUAAACUGCAAUUGGACUGGAACAUUAGAUGAAAUGUUCAAGCAUUUUGAAGAAAGCCACUACAACCAGAAGAUGACAUUUAAAACCGAAGCUGAAAUGAAAAUCAAUCUGACAAAUAAUUAUGUCGAUGUGCAAAUGAUUCCAUUUUUCAACGGUGCCCAAUAUUUUUUCUAUAAGCAUAAAGUGGACGUAGAUGCAAAAAAAGUAUACUGGGUAUUCCAGUUAAUUGGGUCGAAAUGCCAAGCCGAACACUAUUAUUACGAAUUUGAAAUUUAUAGAGGUCGCUUACGGAAAUAUAAGGUAACUGAAAUUUGCGAAAAUGAUAUCACUCCAACCGAAGAUAUUUUCAAACGAGGAAAAUGCGUUGUGGUUCCGUUCGAAGUAAUUGAAAAUUUCAUGGAUGAAAAGGAGGAAAUUCAAUUUAAGUUUCGAUUGAUGUCUCUAAAAAAAGAAAAUAAAAAUUGAUCUUUUCUUUCUCUUCCAUAUAUAACAUUCGUUCAUGUACUUAUUCAUUAAUAUAUUUAUGUAUGUAUUGGUAAUUUAUAGUUCUAAAAAAUCAAUAAGGUUUCGUGAAAGAACGCGUUUCACCACUGAAAUGAAUGGAAACUAAUGGAAAUUGGAGGUAAUUAGCGUGGCAUCAUUAAUCUGUUUUCCGGCUAAAAUUUCUCUUCUUAACAACAACGAAAGUAGUAAAGAAACCCGCGAAAAGGGGAGAAAAAGCAAUAUUUCACCGGAACGUGUAGUGAAAUCCGGUCUUUUUUCACGCAGUUUACAAUUGACGAGAUUGAUGGCUUUGACACACGGAAAGAAACAUCGCAAGAGCUGGAGAGAAGUUUUACCGAAAACGGCUCAGCCAAUUUCGGUUUAAAGUUUUCAACUGUCAAUGAUAUUAAUGUGCCGAUGAAUUGAAAUUUAAAUCCGAAAUUAUUUAUGGUCGGCGAUUGUAGGAAAGACGAAUUGGAUCACAUUUAAGGAGUGAAAAGUCGUUGGUGUGUAUUAAUAUGUUAUUCUAUUUUUAUAACAACAAUUUUGACAUGG